UUGAGUUUUGAGAGUUUCGGGUUGCACCAUGAACACAACCACGCUUGCAUCAAUACUACAAUCCGCCAUAUCGGCCCGUUCGAAACUAAUGGGUCGAGCAACCCACGCCAUGAUCAUAAAAACAACAGACUUCCCUUUUCCGACUUUUAUUUCCAACCACAUUAUUAACAUGUACUCAAAACUUGAUCUUCUUGAUUCAGCCCAACUUAUGUUCUCCCUCAUUCCGUCACCAAACCGGUCUGUCGUAACCUGGACCGCCCUCAUUUCCGGGUCGGUCCAAAACGGGCAUUUCUUGUCUGCAUUGACCCAUUUUGCUGAUAUGAUUAAUGACUCUGUUACACCCAAUGACUUCACAUUUCCUUGUGUUUUUAAAGCCUGCAACUCUUUGAAAAAUUCGUUUACUGGGCGACAGGUUCAUGGGCUUGCGUUUAAAUACGGUUUGAUAAACGAUGUUUUUGUGGGUUGUAGUGUUUUUGAUAUGUAUGCGAAAGUUGGUCUUAAAGAGGAUGCUAAUAAGAUGUUUGAUGAAAUGCCUCAAAAGAAUCUUGCUACGUGGAAUGCGUAUAUUUCAAACGCUUUGUUUGAUGGGAAACUGAUUAAAGCUGUUGAUGGUUUUGUUAAGUUAAGGAGGAUCGGUGGAGAGCUUAGUUCGGUAACAUUUUGUGUGGUUUUUAAUGCUUGUUCUGAUGGUUUGUUUUUGCAGCUUGGUAAACAAGUUCAUGGGUUUGUUAUACGAUGUGGGUAUGAAUAUUAUGUUUCUGUUGCUAAUGGGAUGAUAGAUUUUUAUGGAAAGUGUAAGGAUAUAUAUUCUGCUCGUUUGGUUUUUGAUGGUAUUUGUGACCCUAAUGAUGUUUCUUGGUGUUCGAUGGUGGCUGCUUAUGAGCAAAAUGAAGAGGGUGAAAAGGCGUGUAUGUUAUUUAUGGAAGCAAUGAGAAAUAGUAUAGAACCUAAGGAUUUUAUUGUAUCCAGUGUUCUUAGUGCCUGUGCUGGAAUUACUGGUUUGGAAAUGGGGAGGUCGGUUCAUGCACUUGCUGUUAAAGCAUGUAUUGACGGAAAUGUAUUUAUUGGCAGCGCACUGGUUGAUAUGUAUGCUAAAUGUGGAAAUUUACAAGAUUGUGAGAGAAUGUUUGAUAAAAUGCCCGAGAGGAAUUUGAUCACAUGGAAUGCGUUACUUGGUGGUUAUUCUCAUUUGGGACAAGCAGACAGAGCGGUUGCAUUGUUUGAGGAAAUGAAAUGUGGAAGCCCUCAAGUCGUACCGAAUUAUGUUACUUUUGUGAGCGUAUUAGCAGCAUGUAGCAGAGCUGGAGCAGUGGAUGUAGGUAUGACUAUUUUUGACUCGAUGAGAUCAAGAUAUGGGAUUGAACCAGGGAGUGAGCAUUAUGCAUGUGUAGUAGAUAUGUUAGGACGGUCAGGAAUGGUUGAACCUGCUUAUCAGUUCAUAAAGAGACUGCCUGGUCGUCCUACGGUUUCUAUAUGGGGAGCUCUUUUAAGUGCCUGUAAAAUGCAUGGGUAUAAUGAGCUAGGGAAUAUUGCUGCUGAUAAUCUGUUCCGGCUAGAUCCUCAAGACUCAGGAAACCACGUUAUCCUCUCAAAUAUGUUUGCUGCUGCUGGCAGGUGGGAGGAAGCGAAUCUUGUGAGAAUGGAGAUGAAAGACCUGGGAAUUAAGAAGGGUGCAGGUUGCAGUUGGAUCUCCAUACAGAAUUCAGUCCAUUCCUUUCAAGCGAAAGACACAUCUCAUGAAAGGAACUCAGACAUCCAAGCAAUGCUAGCUAAGUUAAAGAAGGAAAUGAAGGCGGCUGGAUACAUACCCGACACGAAGCUGGCUCUCUUUGAUUUAGAUGAAGAAGAGAGAGAAUCGGAAGUUUGGCAUCACAGUGAAAAGAUAGCUCUUGCAUUUGGCCUUUGUGUAAUUCCGCCAGGAGUUCCUAUUAGGAUAACCAAGAAUUUGAAAAUUUGCUUAGAUUGCCAUAGUGCCAUUAAGUUCAUUUCAGGCAUUACUGGUCGAGAAAUCAUUGUAAGAGAUAAUAAUCUAUUUCAUCGGUUUAAAGAAUAUAAAUGUUCAUGUAAAGAUUAUUGGUGACCACUUGAUCACCUGUUCCUAGACUUUGUAUAUAUCUAUAGCAAAAUAUAUUAAAUCUAAAGCUUAU